GAGAGUGUGUAUGUGUGUGUCAGAAGCCCGGACGGCUCGCGCUCAUCAUCCCGCACUGGAGUCACGCGCGCUCGGCUGAGACAUGACCAGAGUCCCGCGAACAUGGAGCAGUUUAAAGCCAUCGUUCCUGUUCUGUGGAUAUUAUUGCUCAACAGAAACGAGGAGUCCCGUGCAGAGGAAGUUGUGUUGCUGAACUCGAAGGAGUCCCAGGCAGAGCUGGGUUGGACCUCAUAUCCUUCUAAUGGGUGGGAGGAAAUCAGCGGAGUGGAUGAGAAAUACAAGCCGAUCCGCACAUAUCAGGUGUGUAACGUGAUGGAGCCGAGUCAGAACAACUGGCUCCAGACGGGCUGGAUCUGGCGGCAGGGCGGCCAGCGGAUCUUCAUCGAGCUUCAGUUCACGCUUCGAGACUGCAACAGCAUCCCGGGGGUUUCCGGAAGCUGCAAGGAGACCUUUAACCUCCUGUACGCCGAGUCCGACUGGGACCUGGGCCGCGUGACCCGAGAGGACCGGUACAGCAAGAUCGACACCAUCGCUGCGGACGAGAGCUUCACGCAGGGGGAUCUGGGAGAGCGCAAGAUGAAGCUGAACACGGAGGUCCGUGAGAUCGGGCAUCUGAACCGGAAAGGCUUUCAUCUGGCGUUCCAGGACGUCGGCGCGUGCGUCGCGCUGGUUUCCGUGAGAGUGUAUUAUAAGCGAUGCUUGUCGACGGUGCAGAACUUGGCCGUGUUCCCGGAUACGGUGGCCGAAGCUGCGUUCGCCACUCUAGUGGAGGUCAGAGGCUCGUGUGUGAAUAACUCUGAGGUGGACACCGACAGUCCUCCCAGAAUGCAUUGCAGUGCUGAAGGGGAAUGGCUGGUGCCGAUCGGGAAAUGCAGUUGCAGCGGCGGCUAUGAGGAGGGACACAGCAGCUGUGAGGCCUGUCCUCCGGGCACGUAUAAGAUGUCUUCUCGACAGCAGGAGUGUUUCCCGUGUCCAGCGAACAGCAAGUCUGAGGAAGAAGGCUCUGUGGUGUGUGUGUGUGAGGACGAUCACUUCAGGACCCCGCUGGACCCUCCGUCCGCACCCUGCACUCGGCCUCCGUCUCCCCCUCGGGACCUGGUCUUCACACUGAAGCAGUCGACGCUGGUGCUGGACUGGGCCGGGCCCAGUGACUCUGGGGGCCGUGGGGACCUGAGCUACAGCGUGGGCUGCCGUCGGUGUGUCGGGCCCCCGAGGGCCCCGAGGGUCCAGUGUGAGCCGUGUGGAUCCAGCGUGGGCUUCGUCCCGCAGCAGAGCGGCCUGACCGAGAGAACCGUGACCCUCGUGAACCUGCUGCCCAACUCCAACUACUCCUUCAGCGUCGAGGCUCGCAACGGCGUCUCCGAGCUGCUGCCCAACAAACGCUUCUACACACAGGUCAACGUGUCCACCAGCCUGCCAG